AUGGCGAGUGGUUUGAAGCGGUUGUCGAGGUUUUUCGCCCCGCUGCGGAAGUUCAAGCCGAAUGCCGAGACAAGCUCGUCAGAGUUACUGACGAAUUACGGCUAUUUGCGCCAGUCGUCGUCCGGUGUGUAUAAUAUGCUGCCUCUGGGGAACCUGGUUCAGUCGAGAAUUGAGUCGAUUAUCAGGAACCGUUUGGACGAGGUCGAUUGUGCCGAGACUAGCUUGUGUACUUUAGCAUCGACCAAGAUUUGGAAAGCGUCGGGAAGAUUGCAGACAGGCACCGAGUUUUUCAUGCUCGAAGAUGGCAAGUAUCUAUUGGCCCCUACUAAUGAGGAGGAAGUGACUUCAAUGGUGGCAGAAUUGUCCAGUUAUAAACAGGUCCCUUUGAGACUGUAUCAGAUUUCUCGUAAAUAUCGAAACGAGAAACGACCUCGUGGAGGUUUAUUAAGGGGACGAGAGUUUACCAUGAAGGAUUUAUAUUCAUUUGAUGAGACUAUGAACGAUGCCAUGACUACUUAUCGGGACAUUCAAGGCGCUUAUAACCGGAUAUUUGAAGAUAUUGGAAUUGAUUUCGAAGUCGCCGAGGCCGAUUCUGGUUCAAUUGGAGGUUCUUUAUCUCAUGAGUACCAUUACGAAUCAGAUGCUGGUGAAGAUCUGGUAGUCAAGUGCACCAGUUCCAGCUGUGAUUACACAGCCAAUACAGAACGAGCUGUGUCGACUGCUGCCGAUACCAGUGUAAAAAUAGGUUUGGCUGAUGCCGCUGUCAAGUUUUAUGCUCUGGAUGAGACUUUGCCGUCGAAAUCAGAGAAGUCACUUACAGUCUAUGCUGCUAUAUUCCCAGCUGGCAGAAGUAUUAAUCCACAUUUGCUGAAGGGCCAUUCUGCAGUCCAAGGGUCAGAAUUGGCUGAAAUCAGUGCUGAUUCUGUCUCCAAAAUGUCAGCUACUAUUCUCCCGCUUAUAGACACACGUGUAGAGUAUGAACUGUCAAAGAACCGUGAACAACUCACCACCAUAAUCACAUCUCUUAUUGAACCUGAUAAUUCCAACCACUCGAAAUAUUCUGUUGUAGAAGCCGUUCAAGCGCCAAUUGUAGAAGUUCAAACUGGUGAGACAUGUCCCUCAUGCCAUUCAGCACCUCUUAAAAUUGUGCCGGCAAUUGAGGUCGGUCACACUUUUUACUUGGGAACCAAGUAUUCAGAACCACUCAAUGCUCGCAUCACCACCCAAUCAACUGGCAAAAUGGAGCCAUUAUACAUGGGCUGCUACGGAAUCGGAGUGUCUCGACUCAUCUCUGCCAUUGCUGAGAAAACUCGAGACAGCGACGGGCUGGCAUGGCCGAAAUCUGUGACACCUUUUGACGCCGUCAUCGUCGCCAACUCUGAAGCCGAUGCUCUCAAAAUCCACCAACACCUGUCAACUCACAACAUUCGUGCCGUAUGGGACGACCGGUCCACACAAUUCGGAGUUCUUCUUGCCAACGCCCGAGCUACUGGCUUCCCUCUCGCCAUAAUCGCUGGCAGAUCCUACACCCAAACCGGCCAACUCGAGAUCCAACUCCGCAACAAACCCGCCAAAUCCCACCCACCAACCCUCGUCUCUCUCGACGACCUCGGCCCCACUGCUCACCACAUGCUCCAAACCUACUCCCCGGCUUGA